CCCGCAGGAACCCGGCAAGCGCCCUCCCCGCCGCCAGGAUGCCCAAGAGGAAGGUCAGCUCAGCCGAAGGGGCAGCGAAAGAGGAGCCCAAGAGGAGAUCGGCGAGGUUGUCAGCUAAACCUGCUCCUGCAAAAGUGGAAACGAAGCCAAAAAAGGCAGCAGCCAAGGAUAAAUCUUCAGACAAAAAAGUACAAACAAAAGGGAAAAGGGGGGCAAAGGGAAAACAGGCUGAAGUGACUAACCAAGAAACUAAAGAUUUACCUGCAGAAAAUGGAGAAACUAAAAACGAGGAGAGUCCAGCCUCUGAUGAAGCAGGAGAGAAAGAAGCCAAGUCUGAUUAAUAUCGUAUACCAAGUCUUAUCAGUGGUUCCUGUCACCCUUGUACAAUCCAGAGGAAUAUUUUUAUCAACUAUUUUGUAAAUGCAAGUUU